AUCAGCUAAAAAUCAUUUCCAUAGAAAAUUGAUAACCAUUAUUUCAUAAUUAGUUUAUAAAAAAAAUUAAAAACGGAUCCGUGGAAAUACAGUAUGGACCUUCCUUACAUCUGAAAUGAAUGAGAGGUCUCUUGUGUAUAAAAUUGAUAAAGGUGGAGAAAUUUUAAGAAGUUGAAAAUAGGCAAAGUCAAAAGACGGCAUAUGAAGAUGCAAAGUGGAAAAGGAAGUCAAGAUAUUCUGAUGUAUUUCGUUAUUUACCUUAUUCUUCAUGGAAAGGUAGGUAUUAUUGACGCUGAUACAUGUAAAGCAUCAAAACCAACACAAACAACGGUACAUUCUUGCCCACACACUUCAUCAGAACUUCAGAAGGCAAAAGAAGAAAAAGAUUGUGAAAGUAUAGCAACAUUACAAAACUGUUCUAAACCGGAGGAGUUUGUUUAUCAUUGUCUUCCAAGCACAAAAAAGGACAAACUGUAUGAAGUGUGUGCUCCAGCGAUCUACUCAUUAGGUUAUUGCAUUGGAUACGACGACCUCAAUCAAAAUGUUCAGAUUUUAUUCAAGGAUUCCUGCACUGCAAGUAGCUGUUUACAAAGAUUUUCUUCCGCAGACGUAUUGAAAUAUGCCUAUUGUCAACAGCUUCUGCGGAAUGUGGAAAAGAGUGAUUUAACCUCUCCACAAUCACCACCUAGAGGGCAUGUAGGGACUUCAUGGGUUUGUAAUCCAGGUCAUGAUCAAAGCACCGUGAUUAUUCUAAUAUGUUUUCUUCUGUUUCUUGUCUUUACAAUUGUCAUUGGGAUAAUAUGGAGAAAGAGGAUAUUAGAAAGUAAGUAA